GCCAAGUUUCCAAGUGCACGAGUCACCCUGCGGGCUGUGUGUCAUAGCAAAAGCUGAUAUUUCUCGGGGGAAAAAUGCCUGUUUUGAAGCACAUCAAAGCCAUGGCCGAGACUCCGACUCCAGCUGGGAACAGCCCUGCACCGGCAGACGAGAAUGCCCCGCCCCAGGCAGUCCGGGAACUGACGCAGACCGAUCAUCUCAACCGACGCCUUCUCAAAUCGCUCCUGGAAAACAUGCAAGCCACCGAAGUUCUGGCGCAGGAGAACGGGAACGGCUCCAACGAGGAGGACAACGAUUUCGAAGAAUAAAUCCUUUUAUUAGAGUACAGUAAAACUAGUGAGCUAAAACGGA